AUGACAAGUACAUUAUCAUAUUCAUCUACUCAUCAUUCGAAAUCAAUAGAUACAUUAAAAACUUUAACAGGUACUAGUCAUGAUGAUGUAUUUAUUCCAGCAUCAUCAAAUAGUAGUACAACAGCAACUACAAAUCGAAUACAAUCAUAUCUUCAACAAAUUAUACAAGCUUUACCGAAUGAACGACAUGAAUAUCGACAACGUCUUGCAUUAGCUAUUAAAGAUGCAAAAGAACAACAUGUUACUGAUUUUCUUAAAAUUAUAAAAUAUCUCAAUGGAACUUAUCAUCUUGAAGAAAUAGCUUCACUUGAAAAUAUGACACGUUUACAAAUAUAA